UAGGAAGUUUUCUUUCGAACGAUGCGCGUUUAGUUAUACUACACAUCAACUAGUGCUUUUCUAAUCGAAAUAUCAAGAUUUAAUUGUGACGUUGUGAGUUUUAAGUUGAUUCGAUUCAUCUGUGCGUAUUUUGAAAAAUAAUGACAGAACACUGACGGAACGUAAGAGACAACUUUUGACUAUUUGGCGCGAAGAAGUUUAUGAAGCAACUGUUAUUCGCAAAAUUUUCAACAAAUGAGCCAUUGCAAAUCCGUAGGGAUGUCCUUUUUCGGCUGGAAGGGAAGCAGUCGUUCCGAAAAUAAUGAGCACACGGGGCGCAACUUGCAGGACGGCCUCUUUCAGAUCGCCUCUCAAGCUUGCCAUAUCUUGGUACAAGUGAAUAACACGCACAACGUUUCGUACGGUGGCAACAACAACGUGAGGAACAUCGCGUAUUCGAAAUGCUCCGUGAAGGACGAGGACUCGGCGAAUCCCGCGAACACCACCGUGAGCAAGGGAGCUUCCUCCACAGUGAAGUCCUACACGAAGUAUGCGAAGGAGGCAGCGAAAGAUCAGGACGUGGUCGUGUUGCUGCCGCAUCGCAGGAACAAGACCGCUUUCGUUAAACACAAGUUGUCUACGGUGUCUGAGAACGCGCGGCUAGAAACGAAUCCCUCGGGCUGCAUUACCGGCGGCAGCGGGGGUGGUAACAUUUCUGGCAGCGGCGCGGUCGUCCACACCAGCAGCGUGGUGCCCGACGACGAUUUCGAUCUAUGGGACCAGUCCGGCUUCAUGCUGCGGAACGACGCCGACGACUCGUUGACGAACGGCAAAUGGGGAGGAGCGCAAGGAUGGUGCAGACCCAGUUGCAUACCAAUCACCAUCAUCUUAAUUUUGAUAGUGCUGGUCGUUUUAUUGCCGUUGUUGGAUCACGCGGCGGACAAGUACGUCACGAACAGCACUGUUUUCGGUUUCAAUUCGAGUUGCAUGGACGGCUGCAAUUUGUCGUUCGUCGAGAGCAUACCGAUCGGCAUGAAUUAUACCCAGGACACUCUGUUCCUGCAAAGCACCUACGACUCGUGGACGGAAUUGAUCUCGCUGGCGCGAGAGAAAAUAGAGAUAGCCUCGUACUAUUGGACUUUAAAGAGGGAGGACGUGUACCCGGACGACAGCGCGAGACAGGGCGAGGACAUAUUUCGUCUGCUCCUCGAGGCUGGAAGAGACCGCAACGUUCUGUUGCGCAUCGCCCAAAACAUGCCGUCCCAGGUCAGCCCGAACAUCGACACCGAAAUCCUAGCGAAGAAAGCGAACGCCAAGGUGAAGAGUCUGAACUUCGCGGCGUUGUUUGGUGCUGGGGUGCUGCACACGAAGCUCUGGCUGAUCGAUAGAACGCACGUGUACGUCGGCUCGGCGAACAUGGAUUGGCGAUCGCUUACGCAAGUGAAAGAGUUUGGAUUGAUGGCGCUGAAUUGCAGCUGUCUGGCGAACGAUUAUGCCAAGAUAUUCGAUGUUUACUGGACGGUGGCGGAGGACGGUAAAGUACCGGCUGUCUGGCCGGACUCGUUAAACACCAACAUCAACGUCAAUAAUCCGAUCAAUUUUACAUUUAUGGACAAUAGAUAUCGAACGUUCAUAUCGAGCUCGCCUCCGCCCUUCUCGCCGAAGGGUAGAACCGACGACGUUGACGCCAUACUUCAUUGCAUCGAGAAAGCAGAGAAGUUCGUCUACGUCGCGGUCAUGGACUAUUUCCCCUUGAUGUUAUAUUCCACCAAAAUCAGGUAUUGGUCGGUGAUUGACGACGCCCUGCGAGCCGCAGCCGUCGAGCGCAAGAUCCAAGUGCGGCUGCUCAUCUCCUCCUGGAAGCAUUCGCGAAAAUCGGAGACUCUGUUUCUGAAAUCGCUGACGGAGUUGACCGGCAGCUACCCGGGCGUGAAAAUCGAAGUGAGGAGAUUCGUGGUGCCCAGCAACCCCCGCUUCGACAAGAUCCCAUUCUCGAGGGUGAAUCAUAACAAGUACAUGGUGACGGACACCGCGGCGUACGUGGGCACCAGCAAUUGGUCCGGCGAUUAUUUUACUAACACCGCCGGUGUGGGAACGGUGUUCGAGAACAUCGGGGACCAAACGCCCGACAAUCUUCGUCAACAAAUGGAGAAGAUCUUCCUUCGCGACUGGUCCUCGGAAUACGCGCACGCCUUGAACAGCAGCCGCCUGCCCGAUGGAAGAGAGUCGACAGAUUCCAUUGGAAUCGACUACUAUGCGCGAUCGUCGAGCUACAUAUAUGCGUGACAACGGCCGCUUCGUUAACGAGCCGAUCAAAAGGAUCAGAAUCAUUUCUGGCUGGUUAGCGACUCGACUCGGAGUUCUUAAAUGUCAACUGUCUCGUCAUUCGCAAACUUCUUUUCUUCUUCUUUUUUUCUUUCCUCUUCUACGAAACACUUGGUUACGGUUGUCCGAACUCUGCAAAUAUCGCCUUCGAGCGGACGUUGUGUUUGUUCCGCAUGCGUCGCGCGCACCGAUACGUGCACGCUCGUCUUCCUUCGACGAUUCCUUUUAUCUCCGUUUUUCCUUUAUUCCAUCUUCUCCGGGAGGCUGUCUCCCUCCUUUUCGUUUCUCUCUUCUCCGUCUGCCUCCCCUCCCCUCCCAUUUCUAUCUCCGCGUACUCCCACACAUGUUAUGCUUCCCCCCAUCGGUCGUUCCUUCUCCGUCGUUCUCGAAGCUCUCGGCUAUCACGCGUAAAGACGCACACAACUGAAAUUUUAAACGUACGAGAAUAAUCUUACAUAACGUAACCGCCCGGCGUGCCUUGGCUCAAGUGCCCUUGCAAAUGUUUUCUAAGAGAGAUCGGCUCGAGAGACGAGAGUACAUCAUCGUCCGGUACGCAAGUGCCGCGAGAAUAAUCAUAAUCUCGAAAGCGAUGUUUAAAGGUAACGAAGGAUCCCGCGAGGUGCGCUCUCGCCGCUCGAUGAAGAAAAAACCGUGGACCCGGAGGGACUGCUGGGACAACGGUCGUGUGGCCGCGUACCUUUGUCCUAAAACAAUGCCUCCGUUACUUUCGUCACGCGUAAAGAUCCAUAAUAUACGUAUGAAGCGGCCCGACACCGCAGAUCGUAGAUAAAAUCGUAAACAACAGAACAAUUUGCGUGUGUCUCCGCAAAAAGCCUGCCUCGAGUGUUUCGCAUUACGUAAAUUGCCUGUGGAAGACUGCGUAACUUUUUGCUCCAAAAGAACUUUACAAUCAUGACGUCGGCCAGUCCAUUUAUUUAUAUGAAAUAUCAAUAUGUAAAACACGAUGUUCCAUCAGAUGGAAAAUUCUCAUCGACAGAUGCUGUCUCGGUGAUUGUUCGUUCAUCAUGUAGAUUUGUCGGCUCCCGCUCGAGAUCUCCCGGCGCGGAUCGCCGGAGACUUGAAUGCCAGAUGAAGACGGUUCUUAUUUUUCUGCUCGAGGCGUUCUCGCGUACGAUAGACGUAGUAUCGUUUUUUUUAAGAAAAUCAAAUACGGUUUUCACCGCGUCGUCGGUUCUCCCCAUAUUUUUUACGUGCGCGCAUCGCUGGAAUAUCCAGAAUAGUACGUUUAUAGAAUGCGCGGCGCGACACCACGAAAAAUGGAAGAAGAUGGACCGACCUUUUGCGACGUCUUCUGUUUUUCUCGUUUUCUUUACCGUUUUCGUGAACUUUUGCGUCGGACGAGUUUUUUCAUUCCGUUCGUUGCAAAACCAGUUGAUAGGUAUUGCCUUUGCGUUUCACUCGUGGUUCCAUCUUCUAUCCUGUACUCGCACCGGCCACACGUGCACACGCCGGCCAUACAAUCGAGAUUAACGCAACGAAACAUGCGCAUUCUAAGCCGGCCAAUUCUUCGCGAUAAGAAAUCCGAACGAGCGUUGUCCGCCGUGCCUUCCAAGGCCGAUCUGCCUUGUCGCGGCCGGUGCCAUAUAUUUCAAGAAUAUAUUACUGAUUAGACGUGUUAAUCAGCGGACGAAGCCAUUUUCGACGGUAGAAGUGCCUUAGUAUUCUUUUUAUCGUUAUCAAUAUAUUUGAUACAAUCAGCGGAUAAAGCGAACGAAUAACGCGCUGUGAUCGAACGAAUAAAUACAGAUUAAAAACCGCCGGUUUUCCGACUUACAUCCGAAAGAAGCCGCUGCCGGGUUCUAUUGACCCACACGCGAGAUAUCGCCGGACAUUCGAACGACGAUGUAUACCGCUCAGCUCGUAAACACCGACAAAGAUGGGCAUCGAAACGCACACAAUGAACCCACGGUUCGAUACCGAGAGUUUAUAUUAUUGUAUACCGAAAAGUCUCUGUUUCCAGGCGUGGCCCGCUCUCCGGCAGCGCAUACUGUUCGACGCAGCAACUAAAACAAUACAACCGAGCAACCGGUCGGAUCCUCGUUUGCACUUUGCGACAUAACGUUUAACGUUAACGUUAACCGCGAUCGGCUUGAAGGAAUUUCAAGUACAUACCCCGAGUCAAUAAAUACAAAUACGUAUUAGGCAAUA